AUGAUCGACAUUAUUCCAAUUGCUGUGAAAAGCAAACAGAAAGCAACUGAACGUGGUAUAAAAGAGUCUGGAGAGCGGUCGAAGAGUAAACGCGAAAUGAAACUCUUCAUCACCGCUAGUGUAUUUCUUUUCUCCCUUGUGCAGGUUUUCUGAUCAGAAAACUUGUUUCGUAAAGUCUUCUUAAGGGGUGUCCUCCGACUCCAGCUCCAACUUCAGCACCCGAAGAACAGCCGGACUUUGUCGCAGAAGGGCCGUCUAGAGUCUUCAAAAGAGCUGCUGAAGGAACUCUCGUGCUGGUCACCAUCGUCACGACCAAGCCGUUCGACCCAUCCGUCAACGACGCCAACGCCCGAAGCAUCUACGCGGCCGUACGUCUUCUACCUGACUGUCUCUUGACGUCUUCUGAUUGCAGGUUGAAGGAUUCGCCGCCGAGAACAACGUCCAGCUGCCCCAAGGCGACCAUCUCAGCCGGAUGGCGACGAACAACGGCGGCAAGCUGGCCGUCAAGCUCCUCGUCAAGGAUCCUUCUGCCUCCUGUGAAGCCGUCAACCAGUCCGUCUGGGUUUCAGAUGAUGUCGUUGAUGGUCAACUUCAGAUUCGCUCGGGCCGCCAAACAAAGCGUCGCCGAGGUCAACUACACCACCAUCAACUGCGAAGGAAGCACCACCGUCGUUUAG